CAAUCGUCAAACGAAAUCAGAAUUCGUGUGUAAUUUCGUGAUUUCUGAUUUGUGAUGAUUGAAGAUUUCUAAGCCUUUUACUAAAAUAUUGAUUUGCUGCACAUUUACGAUGGCGGAAAUACAAACACUCAUUGAAAUGGGCUUCCCUAAGGAAAGAGCGGAAAAAGCACUGGAGGUAACAAACUAUAAAGGUGUAGAGCCAGCUAUGGAGUGGCUUUUGGCUCAUGCUGAUGACCCUGCGAUGGAGACUGGGCACACGAUCGCUUCUAGCGCUGCUGCUUCGUCAUCCAUUACAGCUGAAACUACUACAUCCAGUUCUGAAACCCAGGCCGAAGCUAAAUCUUUCAAGUGCGAUGAAUGCGGGAAAUUAUUUAAAAAUCAAGAUGAAAUGGAGUUCCAUGCUGCGAAAACGAACCACAGCAGCUUCUCAGAGUCAACUGAGGAGAAAAAGCCAUUGACUGAAGAGGAAAAGAAAGCUCAACUGGCGCUGCUUGAAGAGCGAAUGAAACAAAAGAGGAAAGAGAGAGAAGAACGUGAAAAGGCUGAAGCAUUAGAAAAAGAACGUCUCCGCAUUAAGUCUGGCAAGGAUAUGCAGGAUGCUCGUCAACGACUUGAGGAACAGGAGAUGAUGAAAAUCGUGGAACAACGUAAGCGGGAGAAGAUUGAAGACCAAAAGGCAAGGGAAAGAGUACGAGCACAGAUUGAGGCAGAUAAACAAGCAAGAAAAUUAGCAGCGUCAGGCCAGCGGCCAGUGUCCCCGCCUCCGCCCGCGGCCGCGCCCUUACCGGCGUCGCCCGCCACGCGCGGCACCUAUGACCAGGCGCGCAUACAGCUGCGGCUGCCUGACGGAAAGGCGUUAGCACACACCUUUGGUGCCAAGGAACAACUAGCUGCUGUCAAAUUAUACCUUCAAAUGCAUGCCCAAGAGUUCGCUGCUGAAGAUAGUUUCAAAUUAAUGACCACAUUUCCCAAGAAAAUAUUCACUAACGAAGACUAUGAAAUGCCUUUGGAGUUGUUGGGUCUGGUUCCAUCCGCGGUCAUCAUUGUUUCAAGAGGCCAAUAAAAUGUAAUGGCUAUUUAUUCACGGCAUUAACUGUUUUACGAAGUGUGCCAGCUAAAGGACAUCUAAAACAACGUGGUAUUUAAGUCAGUGUAUUACUGGGAGAGUUCGUUAACUAGUACCACUAUCAACUGGAACCACGGUCCAUACAUAACAUAAACAAUUUUGGCUCCAACAAUAGAUUUUCUUUAAAUUCAUGGGCAAGUCCCAUUUGUUGGAACAAAAUAUUUAAAAUAAAUGAAUCUCCAGGCACUAGAUACAGAUAGCGGUCUAGUUAAUGGACUCCUCUAUUCCAGUGCAUCAAUAACAAGUAAAAUACAUUUAUACAUAAUAUGCUUAUAAACUAAUGGAAAUUUUUGAUAAUUGAUUGGUAAUAUAUUAUAAACGCAACAAUGAAAUAACGACAUGAGGUUAAUUAUGGACCCUGUUCGUUAGUUUAGACUGAUAUUAAAUUGUUCUCAUUCAUUAAUUUUAAUUAACAUUGUAUGUAGUAGGUGUUUUGCCUGUGAGCAUUUUUGAAUAUUGGUCAUUUUGAAACUGUUUUGGCCAUAAAAGUUGGACAUGUUAGUGAAUGGUGCGUUUACGCAUCGGUGUCGGUCUGACCAUUGGGGUGACUCAAUUGUUAAAAAAUCUAAAAUUAAAGUCCUUGAAUGUAA